AAGUUACAUGAAUCAGGAUAUUUUCAUAAAGAUUUUCAUAGUGGAAAUAUAUUACAUUUCAGAUUUUGGAUUAUCUGGACCAUCAACCAAACAAAAAUCUGGUGAUAAAAUAUGUGGAGUAAUGCCAUAUGUCGCACCAGAAGUGUUGAAUGGAGAACCAUAUGCAUUAUCCUCGGAUAUUUAUAGUUUUGGUAUAAUUAUGAUAGAAUUAUUAUCCGGAAAACCACCUUUUUAUAAAAGAAAACAUGAUACUACCUUAGCAUUAGAAAUAUGUAAUGGACUCAGACCAGAAUUUGGGAAAGGAACUCCUGAAAUUUAUAAGAAACUAGCUUAUAAAUGUAUGAAUGCUAAUUCAAAUCAAAGACCAACAGCCAGUGAAUUGCAUGAU